CGUGACGUGUUUCCGGUGUUUGUCGGUCGGUCAGUCAGUCAGUCCUUCGUUCCUUUGCGAGCUUUCCAGUUGUUGGGGGGUUGUGUGCGCGUUUCUACCGUGAAAGGCCGGGGGUGGGGAAUAAAGGUCAUCUUAAGGGGAAGUGCCCCCCACCCCCCCGAGGGGAGAGAAACAGAUUAAAGCAACGGUCGAAGGGAAACGCACCUCAGAGGAGCAACGGAGCAGCAAGAAAGCGGACCGAGUAGGGGCAGCGAUUGUAAGCGGACCGUGUAGGGUGAAGGGUGGGAGCCCGCGAACGCCGGAGGCAACCGGAGGGGGGGGGUGUGUUGGCGGCAAUGGAGAGCAAACUGGCGCCCAAUGGAGACAUCUACAGCACCGUCAACGGCUUCAUGGAGAAGGCCCACUCUGAGGGCAAGGUGGCGGCGAGGAAGAACGGCUUCGUGAAACCCGCUUUCGCCCAGAACGGGAAGAUUCUUCAUGUUGCACAAAAUGGUGGACUGUACAAGAAGCCAUUUAAUCAGUCUUUUGAGGAAACACCUAUGCUUGUUGCUGUGUUGACGUAUAUGGGUUAUGGAAUCCUUACACUUUUUGGAUAUCUCAGGGAUUUUCUUCGGGAGUGGAAGAUUGAAAAAUGUCAUCAUGCUACUGAACGUGAAGAGCAAAAGGAUUUUGUACCAUUGUACCAAGACUUUGAAAAUUUCUACACCAGAAACCUGUACAUGAGGAUUCGAGACAGCUGGAACCGGCCUAUCUGCAGUGUCCCUGGGGCAAAGUUCGAUGUAAUGGAGAGGGUUUCUCAUGACUACAACUGGACAUUCAAGUUUACUGGCACCGUCAUCAAAGAUGUCCUCAAUAUGGGUUCUUACAACUACCUGGGCUUUGCAGAAAGCCAGGGUUUCUGUGCAAAUGCAGCAACUAAAGCAACUAUCCAGUAUGGAGUUGGGGUUUGUAGUUCACGGCAAGAAAUUGGUAACUUAGACAAACAUGAAGAGCUAGAAAAGUUAGUGGCUCGAUUCUUGGGAGUUGAAGCAGCCAUGGCUUUUGGAAUGGGCUUUGCAACAAACUCUAUGAAUAUUCCUGCUCUUGUUGGCAAGGGUUGUCUAAUUUUGAGUGAUGAGCUAAACCAUGCCUCCUUGGUGCUUGGAGCCAGACUUUCAGGUGCAACCAUCAGAGUUUUCAAGCACAACAAUAUGCAGAGCUUGGAUAAAUUGUUGAAAGACGCUAUUGUGCAUGGGCAGCCACGGACUCGCAGACCAUGGAAAAAGAUUCUCAUUGUGGUAGAGGGAAUUUACAGUAUGGAGGGUUCCAUUGUCCGUUUACCUGAGAUAGUGGCAUUAAAGAAAAAAUACAAGGCUUAUCUGUACCUGGAUGAGGCUCACAGCAUCGGGGCUCUAGGACCCUCAGGUCGAGGUGUGGUGGAAUAUUUUGACCUCAGUCCUGAGGAUGUGGAUGUCAUGAUGGGAACCUUCACUAAGAGUUUUGGUGCAGCUGGCGGAUACAUAGGUGGCAAAAAGGCACUCGUAGACUACCUUCGCUCACAUUCUCACAGUACAGUGUAUGCUACCUCAAUGUCUGCACCUAUUGCAGAGCAAAUCAUUGCAUCCAUGAAAUGCAUCAUGGGCGAAGACGGCACAACACUUGGUCAAACCCGGGUUCAACAGCUGGCGGAGAACACUCGGUACUUCAGAAGAAGACUGAAGGAAAUGGGAUUCAUUAUCUAUGGAAAUGAUGAUUCACCAGUUGUGCCUUUGAUGCUGUACAUGCCAGCCAAAAUUGGUGCUUUUGGGCGAGAAAUGCUGAAGAGAAAUGUUGGCGUUGUGGUGGUUGGUUUUCCCGCUACUCCAAUCAUUGAAUCCCGAGCCAGGUUUUGUGUAUCUGCUGCUCACACCAGAGAGAUGCUGGAUACAGCUUUAAAAGUAAUCGGAGAAGUUGGUGAUCUCCUGCAGUUGAAAUACUCACGGCACAAAUUGGACCCUUUACUUGACUGUCCCUUCGAUGAAACCGUGAAUGAAGAAAACAAAGACUGACCUCUGCCCCCAUUGGGCAAAUGUUUGCAAGUCCAAAUCUCUCCUUUCAGUUAGCUACCACUCUGCUUCUUUAUGCUUCAAAUCUUCAGACCUAUUUAUAUUUUUUUAAAACCCAAGUUGAACUUGAAGGUGUUGAAUGAGUGCUCAUUCACUAAAGCCAUUUUGUGUUUCAUUACCUGGAGCUAUACACAGCUUUUCGGCAUUUCCAUUAUUUACUGAGAAAUCAAAAAAAUUGCGUUUGCAUCUCCUGAAAGAGUUUCUCCCCUGAAACCCUGUCCACAAUAAGCUACUAUACAAGUAUAAUCAGUUUAUUGGCAAGGUGGAGCCACUGCUCACAAGCAUGAAACCUCUGAAUCUUUUUUGAAUGGUUUAAGUAACUUCUCACUUUACAUAUGUACCACAUUCCUCUUUCCUCCCUCCACACACGACUUUGUUUCUUCUUAACAUACUUCCUAACUAUGCUGGUCUUGAUCUUUCUUAUAAGUGACACAAUAAGAAUCUUCAGAAAGGUAAGGUGGGACUGUGGUUUUAAUAAGCAGUUUGAAAUAACUUGCAAUGAUCCAAUUCAUUUUUUUUUGUUCACAUGCAAUCAGACCAAUUAAGAGUUCCUGAGGCGAAAGCUGAUGUUGGCGAGCCCAGAAUUGCCAAUUAACUAAUUGCUGAAAAUAGUACUGAUUAUAUGUGUGAAAUUUUGUUUAGGUUACUUUUACCUCCUUUCAGUGAUGGUGCUCCCUCCCCUCAACAUCACAAAAGCUUUAAUUUAUAAAAUUAGAUCCACUUUACAUGCAAUAUAGCAUUCAAAGCAGUACAGUUGGGUAAAACUGUCAAUAGAAGGUCAUGCUGGAUAAGUUUUAAUCUGAAAUGAAAUGUUGCAAGAAAAUGUGUGUUGAAAGCCGGACGAAAUCUUUAGGAAAUUAGGGUUUAGUUUAUAAUCUGUUUUGGAAAUUUUAUUUAGAGAUGGUGGUAACUUAAUUUGACCAUACAUUUUUUAAAAAUCUCACCCAAAAUUGAAACAUCAGGUCACCACUCUUGUCCUGAACUGUAUAACCUGAGACCCCAAAUAAUGCAGCAAAACAAUUUCCUCAUCUUCCUCCUCACCACUCCCGAGAAGAUUUAUUUCACUAGUAACCACUGAUAAGUGAGAAUACCUUUACCUGGAACAGAAGAGGAUUUCUGCUGCAUGUGUAAAAUAAGUAUUUUACAGGCAUUCCCUUCGGUCUGUAUCCAUUAUGAAAAAUGAUGCACUUGACCUUCAUUCAUUGUUGCAUAGCCUGACUUAUAGGGAAUUGAUACAUUUACUUCACUGUCAGUUAGUAGUUUGAAUAUUUGUGUUUUUGCAUCUGAUUUUACUGUGGGGAAGGAGGAUUGUUACAAUUUCAACAUUUUUUCCUAUACAAGAUAUUGAUGAGUGAAGAUGAAGUUUUUUUUUAAAAAAAUUGACAGUGCUCCAUGCUUCAGAUCUUGUCUAUUGUUAGUUUGAUCAUUGCUGAGGGCUAGCACUGAAAAUUGAGGUCAUGUGUUUACAAAUGGCAUUGCAAUGUUGGAAGGUGUUUUUGCACAUAGCUCUAUGACUAUCUUAAAUUCUUUCAGAUUUGAAGUAAUUGGCUGCAGUGGUAUGAUUUCUUUACAAAUGUAGAUAUUGCCAUAAAUGCCUGACAGGUAGACAAUUAUUAUACCUGCAGAAUUCCUCAAUGUAUUUGCUGAAGGGAAUACACUGUUGCAUGUUUCUAAGUGCUAGCCACUGGUUUAACCUGAGAGAGAUUGUGGAGGAAGAGAGGAUAGGAGAAGUGCUGGAGUGCAGGGCUUCAGAAGUGCCCUCCAAUGUUGAAUGCACUGAGAAAACCUCUCGUUUCUGUAUUGUGUAUUUAGUUGCCAGACCUCUGAGUCAUGGUCCUUAUUUUUCUAUUUAUAAUAGGUGGAUUCCCAGUAAAUUGAUUAUUAAAUGUACUGUGUGGUCAGUGUGAUGCUAAUACUGUAUUGUGUCCGGUGAACCCCUCCUGAAACACAUGGAUUUUGGGUGAGGACAGGAUCAUGCAACCCACUCACCUCAAAAUUCACUUGUGUGUGUUGAGGGUUGGUGAUUUGGGUGAGGUACCAGAGGGCACCUGUUGCCUGUGAAAUUAAACCCCAUUAUAGUUUGUCUGUGCUUUAGAAUAGAAAAGAACUAGAGGAGAAUAGAGGGGGAAAUUGAGUCGAAAGAUUUGUCACAUGGUUGGCUGGGCCAGGGUGGGGAGCAAAAAUGAUUUUGCAACCCUUUAACCUCCCACCUCAAAUUUGAAUUGAAUGAACAGUAUUUCACUUGCCUUCAUGAGGAAAAGGCUUGUGAAUCCUCACAGCACCAGAUCCAAUACCAUUGUGUUCUUUUUUAUUUCAGAUUACUAAUUUGAAAUCACUCCAUUGACAUUAUUUUUCUAACUCCAGUUCGAGCAUAUUUAUAAAUCUCACUUACUCAAGUUUAAGGGAUGAGAAACCAUAUGAAUCACUAACUUUUUAUACUAACAUGUGCAAUCCAGAAUUGAUUUAUUUUGAGUUGGGUUCUUUUUCUGCUUAAAUUGAUUUAAGCGGCGGAUCAUUGUAAGCAAAUGCAGCUUUAGUUUCUCUGGAGAAGUAUUCACUUUUUUUUUAAAGGAGAAAAGAUUUAAUAUCAUUGUACUGUUUAAAAUGUAGUUUGUGUCAUCUAUGUUUCAAGCUGCAUUCAUGGGCUGUCACUUAUGCAGCUUAUGUGAUAUAUUCAAUUAGUUAAAUUAAUUACACAAUUGUGUCCUCAUAGUUUUGCCAUUCCAGAUUAAUAUUGUCUCUAUUCCUUUGGAGGGCAUGCAGUUAUGAUUAUGAUACUUUUAAAAUUCUGCUUGUGCUUUUUUCUCCAUUAGUUUUGCCCUGAGUAUUAUUAUAGAGUCAAUUAUUUUGUUUUCUAGCUGCCUUCUUUGCAAGUUAAGUCCUAUGAGUUUUCUCUGUCUUCUCCCAAUACAAUAUGAACUUCUGAUGCACUUUUUUAUUUUUCAACAAUACCUUCUCCACUUUAUUUUGUCUGCUGUCAUUUGGUUAGCUUUUGCACAAUGGAGCAGGUUUUUUUCUCCUCUUGCAUUUGGAAAUGCAGAAAUAUCACUGCUUUCAGUGAAGUUUGCUGUUAAGCAUAAAACUGCCAUUGACAAGUUGAUUUGAAAUGUAAUGUCCAGUUGACGUGCAUGAAGGAGAAAUCUGUUCACAAUUGCUCAUCUGCACUGAAGCUUUCCACUUGAUCUUGACUGUUUAUAAGCUGUCUGCAUCAUAUAAGAUGUGAUUGCUUAUUAAUUGGAGGGGAAUGGUUCUGGGUGAGUUGCGCUUCGGCGGGGUCGGUGUGGGCUUGUUGGGCCGAAGGGCCUGUUUCCACACUAAGUAAUCUAAUCUAAUUGUCUUUUUUAAGAUUAAGCCACAGGCAUGUCUUUUCUGUUUAAACACAUUAAACACAUCAAUUGAGCACUCCUAUGAAAGUCAGCUUGUCACUAUGGUGUAGAGUAGGUUCCCUAUGCAAAAUAUUCUUUCACAAGGAAAUGGCAAUGGUUCAGGAAACAACAAAAUGCUGGAAGAACAUUUAUUAGCCACCUUCAACUUCACUGACCAUAGUUUUCUACAGACUAUGGUCAUUCUGUCAUCUCCACUUCGGCAUGAAAUUUGCUAUGCCAACACCUGGAAAAUGCUGUCAGAGGGUAUGCUAGGAGAAAGAACAUUUCCUAAGUAGUCAAUCAGAGCAGCCAGUUUAAGGAAAUUGUUCCUGACUGAGCAUUCGAAGAGUAUAAUUUCCAGGUAGUUCCAAAAACGCUCUGAACAAAUGCAAGCUGUAGGAAGAAAAAUCCUCCUGCUGUAACUUGUUUCUGUCUUUAAACCAGGUUUUUUUUUGCUGUAAUCCUGGCUAACUCAAUCUCAAUAAUUUCAUGGAAAACUACAGUGGGGGGUAAUCUGUUGGAGAUUUGGGAGGGGUACUGCAGCAUUCUCCCAUGUUGCACAUCUGUAUAAAAACAAGCUUUCAUUUUAUCAUAACCUUUAAUCCUUAUGAUAUAUUGACAUAUUAUGAAGUAUAAUUUGCAAACCUCACAAUACAUUUUGAAAAUUGUGUUGAAAACAAUCUUUUCACUAUGAUGUUUUAUAUUUGUACAUUCAUACAUCUAUCAGUGGUCAUCAAUCUAGCUUUAACUUUAAGAUUACUUUUUUUUCUUGUUCUGUGAAUUUUAAGCUCACAAGUGCAGUUAUUUUUAGCUGUGUGAUCAGGAUGCUGCCAAUUGUAGACAAGUCAGUGGUUAUAUUUAUCCAACUGAUGGUCAAGGCAGUUAUGAAAGACCAUACAAGAGAACCUUACAUAAGCCUAUGGCAUGUUGGAGCUAUGCAGACUUUUUUUAAUGUUUGUUUUUUUAAAAGAAAAGUAACUUUCCUUGGUGGGGAAAUGUGUUUUUUUUUUAAAUUGGAUAAUUUGGUGGAAGCUGAUUAACAUAUGAUGGGUAUGUGUACAGCACCUUCUGUGUGCACACAGGCUCCAAAAGUGCACCUUUUAUUUAUCUCCUGAAGAUGCACCUUUUAGGGCGAUAGCGCGCACUCCAGUCUCAACCAUGCCGUCAUGAAAGGGAAGAGAAAAAGCAUUUUGUGCCCACUUUGUGUUGGCCACCUCAUGUCUAAUUUCUCUGCCAACGAAUGGCAAUGGUUUUGAGAUAUCCACUGAUGGGAUGGCACUUAUCAGGAAAUUGUUUUGAAAAUUUCAGUCUGCUGGUUUAUCAGUGCAGCUAGAGCAUCUUGUUAAUGUAUUCAAUCUAGUUUCAAACUGCCACCUUUUGAAACAACAGCUGUAAACUGUCUACUCAGGCUCUGGCAGCAGAGGCCUGCUGUACCACCUACUGCGAGGAAAUCUCAGUCAAUCAUUUUUCUCACAGGUGUUUUUGCUCACUUGCACUAAAAAACAAUGACUGUUCAAUUUUAAGAAUUAAACAAUGUUUCCCAUUAGCUGUUUAUGUAUUGUCUUCUCUUAAACUGUUUCAAGGAAAAUAAUGACUAUUUUGAAUAACAUCUUAAUGCCAAUAGAUAAGGAUUGUACAGGUUUGCACACUUCAGGCAUGAAAAGACUUCUCAAACUUCCUUAAAGUGCUUGUUGCAGGGAAGACCAAGAAGGGCACUGAAAUGGUGUGUGAUCAGAGGUGGUAAAUAAAUGCUGGAUACAUAGUGGAAGUAUCAAGUGUGAACUGCAGUGGUGCCUUGUUAAGUAGCAUAUUGUUGAGUUUUACUUAGAUUGUGAACUGGGACAUUAGAAGAGGACGAGAAAAAAUUGAAUGCAAGUUUUCUUUUGUUGAACUGUACCAUGUUAGAUACCGAACAUACUCUGAUAGACAUAUCUACUCCAUGAUUUAAUUUAGUGUUGGAUUUAAAAGGUUGAUGCUCACUUGUGGCAUUACACGUUGAUGUUUGGACAGUGUUGACUGUAGUUAUGCAAGCCAGUUAUGUGUCACAGGAAUGUCUGGUAACCUCUUCCCGUGUUCUGGUGUUGCUAAAGUAAGGCAUGUAAAGUAUUUCUGAUAGGACCAGAUAAAUACCAAUGUUGAUUUUGCUGCUAGCAGAGCAGUAUUUUACCCAUUUGCAGAGGUAGGGAGGAUUGUUGUAACUUUUGUUCCGUUUGCUUUCCUGUUGAAAAACAUGAUGGACAUUUCCAAAAUGCAAUUUAAAAACCUAAAGCUGUACAGCCUUGGAAUUCUAAUUUUUGCCAAUGUUGAUGCCAACGAUUCUCUCUGGAUUCUAAUCUCUCAUCUUGAUUUGUCAUUUUGUGCUGUGGUAGAUAUUGUUGAGCUAUAGAUGCAGCAUCACAUUUUAAGAAAUGUUUGAACGUAUUGCAAGAAAUCAAAACCCCCAUUUGAUAAAGCAGCUUUAUAUUCUGUGAACAUUCUAAAAUCAAAGGCAGAACCAUCUUUUUUUUUCAAAUACAUUCUUGCUGCACACUUUAUAUUAAGCAUCAUAAUAACUUUGGCUUCAGAUUAGGAAUGAUUUUGUUUGUCGAUUAAAUCAAGGCUAAGGAAAGAGUUCUUGGUGUGUUCUGAAAAUGAUAAGGCACAAAUCUCUGAACCAAUGUGCAGCCAGCCAAAUACAACCAUGUUCAUGACACUUGAUUUAAGGUUAAAAUGGUGUCUAUUACUUCCUGUUUUGAAAAAUGUGUAAAAUGAGAUUGUAGGUCCUCUUGCUUUUUCUGUUUUUCUCAGUGAUUUGUUUAACGAUGACUUAAUGGCUUUGUGUACGAAUUUUAACCUGGAAUGACUGUUGCAUUGAUAUUUAGAGACAAAAGUCUCUAAGUUAUGUCUAGAAUACAAGAAAAUCCAAUAUUGAGAAUUUGGAAAUCCUUGUUAGCGACUUGAUUUGCUAGCGACUUGAUCACUUUAUUUGUUGCAGGAGAAGGAGGAACAGUAGGAAGAAAUGAAGUUUGCUUUUACCCUUAAAUUCUGUCUGCCUCUGCAAAUUUCAGCAAACAAAUAUUGGUUUGCUUUUCACAUUUGAAUGAUCUCGGUCCCAUUUGUGGAAUACCAGUUGCAGUGUAUUAUAAAUGUGAUUAAUAUCCCUUACUGUUUCUGUACAUAUCCUGUUCUUUUGUACAUGAGAUGUUAUAAAUGUACUUUUUUGAUGGGACUCAAUGCAGUAAUGUUUUAUAUUGGAACCUUCCUUGCCUUUUACCUUGAAUGUGAUUUUACAUAUAUCAUUGGUUUAUGAAAGUGUAAUUUAUUCAUGCAUUAUUUUGGAAAUAUGGUGCAUGUUGAAAACACUGGAGAAUCGAUAACUGCUUGAAAAAUGUCAACUGAAAUGUAUAAUGUUCUAAAUAAAAACUUUCAAUAUA